GUGCCUCCAGGACCAGGGUUGGGAACCACUGGUCUAAUGAAAUGAAGGGUAAGCACAUUCACUAGCCCGCUGACGUCAUCGAGGGAGGAUCCGCGCUGGCGAUCUUGAACGGGAGGAUGCGCUCGCGCUUUGAGCAUCGCUGAGAACGACCGAGUCGCAUCCACUCAGUCAGGUCUAAAUAAAAGAAAACGUGCUUAAAUCAAAGGAAAUCCCAGCUUUGCACGGAACAUGGCAUCAAAAUGUCCCAAAUGUGACAAAACUGUUUAUUUUGCGGAGAAAGUGACAUCUCUGGGAAAAGACUGGCACAAAUUCUGUCUCAAGUGUGAACGCUGUAGCAAGACCCUAAAUCCAGGAGGACAUGCAGAGCAUGAUGGGAAGCCAUACUGCCACAAGCCAUGCUAUGCUGCCCUCUAUGGACCAAAAGGUGUGAAUAUCGGCGGGGCUGGUUCAUAUGUCUAUGACACACCUGUCAACGAUGACACUACCCCUGUUGCCAUGGAAACCAAGCCGAAGGCUGAAGAGAAAAAGGCUACCAGGGGCCCAGUGAAGGCUGCAAGCUUCAGUUCGUUUUCUGGUCAGCCGAACAUCUGCCCAAGGUGCAACAAAACCGUGUACUUCGCUGAAAAGGUCAGUUCCCUGGGUAAAGACUGGCACAGGCCCUGUCUGCGCUGUGAGAGGUGCAGCAAGACUCUGGCUCCAGGCAGCCACGCAGAGCACGAUGGCCAGCCAUACUGCCAUAAACCCUGUUACGCUGUUCUCUUUGGGCCAAAAGGAGUGAACACUGGAGGUGUUGGCAGUUACAUAUACGAGGACCCAAACACUGAAAGCCAGUCCUAAGAGCCACAAGCACACCAGCAGUAUUAUUAGCAACCUUAGAUUUAAGCCUCUUGUCUGCUUCCUUUAAAUUCACUUCCUAUCUUUCUUGAAUCUGCACUGAUCUUGUUCAUCUACAGAGUGCCACUUACAUACUAAUUGUGCUCAAAUAAGCUAGUAUUACUACUUACUAACAGGAAUAUGUGUUUAGCCUUUUUGCUGUAUUUAUAUAUUGUUUAUAUAUUUUUAAGAAUGUACUUAAGAUCUUUUUUUUUUUUUUUCUUUUUUUUUUACUGUGACAUUGAAUUACAGGUAACACACAAUUUUGUUCAGAAUUAAACGUUUUUGCCAUUAGUUCUAACAUAUGUUUAGUUGUGUAGCACUAUAGCACACUUAUUUAUUAGGCCUGUAGUUUACCGACGGCAUAUGUUUUCUGAACUUUGCACUUAAG